AUAACUAUGCAAAAAUAAUGCUGCUCCGUCAGAAUUUUAUCAUCAUUCUUGUGUUCUUUGGGAUGGUAUUGUGUGGGCUCAUUUACCUGAACAAUAACCAGUGCAGAUGCAAUCAGAAGAUAAAAGAACAAGGCAUCAUUAAUGGUGGCACCGACGAAACCAUCCACCCAAGGAAGUCAAGAUGCAAUCAGCAGAUAUCAGAACAAGGCAUCACCAACCUAGAAUGGAAGCAAAAUACCUUUGGAUUGCGCUCAUCACCAGGGUUGUUGUACAAACAGCAGAGUGCAUUGGUAGGAAGUCGGACAGAUGUUGCUUCUGUGACUUCAUGGUCAGCUCCAAUCAUUUGGGAGGGAACAUUUGACUCCACACUGAUCGACUCUAUCUACAAACAACAGAAUCUCACCAUAGCAACCACUGCCUUCGCUUUGGGAAAAUACGUACGUUUUGUCAAAGAUUUUCUGGAGUCAGCUGAGCAGCAUUACUUUGUUGGAUUUCGAGUGAAUUACUACUUGUUUACAGAUCAACCAGAAUUAGUUCCUGAAGUGAAGAUGGGUGAAAACCAUAGUUUGACAGUUCUUAAGGUUCAGAGUUUGAACAGAUGGCAGGACAUCAGUAUGAGCAGGAUGGAAAAACUGGAGAAACUAAUAGAGAGUGAACUGGCCAGUGAGGCCAACUAUAUUUUCUGCCUUGACAUAGAUACAAAGUUCUAUGGCCAUUGGGGUGUGGAGUCUUUGGGUCGUCUGGUAGGUGUGAUACAUCCUUGGCUCUAUGAUACUUCAAGGGAUCGAUUCACAUAUGAGCGUAGUCCAAAGUCUCAAGCAUACAUUCCAGCAGGGGAAGGUGAUUAUUAUUAUGCUGGUGCUGCAUUUGGUGGCUCAUUGGAAGAUGUACAUCAUCUCACAAAAACCUGCAGGGAGCAGAUGAGCAUUGAUGCUGCAAACUCCAUUGAGGCGGUAUGGCAAGAGGAGUCCCACUUGAACAAGUAUUUCCUUUUGAACAAACCUAGUAAACUGCUCUCUCCUGAAUAUAUGUGGCGGGACAUCAACGCAAGUGCAGCCCAAAUAAAAAUAGUUCGCUUCACUAAUGUACCUAAAAACUAUGCUGAAGUUCGUCCAAACCCAUAGCAACUGUUAGCUGAGGUCUUCAUUUAAGUUGUAACUGUUUAUUGGAUGUUCUUGUACAAAACAGAAAUGAAAUAAAGUUUGGUAAUAAAAAAAAAAAAAAA